AUGCAAUUGAAGGUCCAAGAUUGCAUCGCUCUCUCUGUCUACACCUUCACCUUUCUGCUGGGCCUUCCUGCCAACCUGUUGGUCCUCUUCGUGUAUGUACGCAAGGCCUGCAAGCGCGGCACCACACCCAAUGUGGUCUAUGCCUUCAACCUUUGCCUGGCCAACCUGGCACUCGUGGCCUGGCUGCCCAUCAAGGCUGUGGAGACUUUUAGGGGCUGGAAGCUACCACCACUUGUCUGCCCUAUUUACAGCUUCUUCCUCUUCUCCUCCCUCUACGGCAGCUGCCUUUUCAUCACCGCUGUGACAGUGGGGCGUUACCUCAGCAUCGCAUUCCCCAUUAUCUACAAGAGGUACCGCCAUGCUCGAAUCUCUUGCCUCAUCAGCAUUGUCCUCUGGGCAUUGGUGAUACUACACCUCAGCUUUGCCCUGGUGGCUGAACAAGGGGCUUACUUUGUCUCCACCAGUGGUGUCACCUCAACUUGCUAUGGCAUAUUCAAUGAGUCCCAGCUGGCUGUUCUGCUGCCUCUACGCCUGGAGAUGUCCAUCGUUUUGUUUUUCUUGCCUUUGAUUGUGACAUCCUUUUGCACGCUUCGCUGUGUUACCCUGGUAUGGCGCUCACAUUUACAGCCUAUGGGGAAGAGAAGAGUUCUGACUGUUGCACUCUCCACGCUUGCCGUGUUUGUGGUGUGCUACGCACCCUACAAUGCCUCACAUGUUGUGGGGUUUGUGCUGGAGCAAAGUGUUGAGUGGAGGAGAUAUGCUAUGCUGACAAGCAUCUGUAAUGUUUUCCUGGAGCCUGUAGUCAUGCUGAUGCUGUCACCAGCAGUGUCGAGGGGCAUCAUGGGAAGAAUCUGUGGACGGCAAAGUCACUUCAGCCGGACUGAGGGAUAUAGGCAUCGACGUAAUAUGGCCAACAGUGUUGCAAAUGUCAGGGUACCACCUACACUCUCUGAGAGGAGCAAGGUAUAA